AUUUCCCUCACCUCUUCGCACGACAACCCGAAUUUCAAUUUGCUUUUAAGCGCAUAGAUAGAAGCUCUCGGCUCACAUAUCCCUCCAUCUCAGACAAUCACCUUGGGAUCCUCCAGCAAAUAAUCCGAUCAUUAGCAAGGCCCAUCUGGCUCCCUCCAAUGUACGGCGAACUCGGAAAUAAGUUGGUCCAACAUGCCAAACGGACCCAAUCGCUCGUUCACCUCCCGCCCUACCAGACCGAAAUGGUGCGGGCCGUCGCCCGCGAAGUACGCGACCUAGACCGCGACGUUGCUCGUCUUCUCGCGCCCUUCGAAGGAAGCUUCAACCCCUCCUCUCAGCCCGACAUUGCAUGCGCUCUCCUCGUCGACCACCUCUGCACGCGUCGCAACAAGCGAUGUCUCCUCGCCUACCAUCGCGUGCGGACCGAGAAACUCGAAGAACUGUGCUGGACGGGCAUCGACGUGCUAGAACAGCAGCAGCCGGCGGAGGAGAGCCAGGGAGCACCGUCGGGGCCUAUGAAUACGCAGGCGGGGAACCAUAGCUCGUUGAGUCCCGAGGAAGAAGAAUAUUUCCGGCAGUAUAGUGAUAUGCUGGCUGCGUACAAGGGACAGUGGACGGAGAUCGAUCUGACGGGGAGUUUGGAACCUCCGAAGGAUUUGUUCAUUGAUGUGAGGGUGUUGAAAGAUGCCGGGGAGAUCCAGACGGAAUACGGGGUUAUCAACCUGACGAAAAACAGCCAGUUGUAUGUGCGACAGGGCGACGUGGAAAGGUUAAUUGCACAGGGAUUUUUGGAGCGAUUAAGUUGAACGAUCUUGCGGGAUUUUUGGGGGGUGAUUUAUUUGAGUUUUGUGAUACCCAACCAGUUUGUAUAUGCGUCCAGUACGGAGUAG